AUGUUAAGUGCAGAGUGCGGUGCUUUUGAAAGUAUGCUGCGAAGUUCACCUCAAGUCGACUAUGAUCUAAAAGCUGAUCCGUUGAAAAUAGCAAAGGAAAUGCGUGCGUCGUUUUCAAUUGAUAAAGUUGUUCAUCGUCCAGCUGGAUGUCAAUUCAAAAAACAAAUAUACGAAUACGAUAGACAAACUGUUGAAGCCUACUGGAUAGACUAUCGUACUGGAACAAAGAAUUGGGAUGCAGAUCUGAUCAUACUUUAUCUUCAUGGUGGAGGUUAUAGAGUGGGUGAUUUUCAAAAAUUUCCAUUAUCUGUUUCAACUUAUAGUGGAUUCGAAUGUCACCUAUCUCAUAUUUUCAAUGCAACAAUCAUUCAUUUGGAAUAUCGUUGUGCACCGGAGCAUCCAUUCCCGGCAGCUAUAGAUGAUGCUCUCACGCUCUAUCGUGCAAUUCUUCAGGAUGGCAUUUCGCCGUCUCGUCUGGCCAUUAUGGGUGAUUCAGCAGGUCGUGGUCUUACUUUACUCACAAUACAAUCACUUCUUGCUCGUCAAUUACCAAAACCUCGUGUUACAAUUACUUUAUCCACAUGGACUGAUUUUUCAUUAUCCGGUGAAAGCUUCACACGUAAUCGUCCUCAAAAUGUUAUUCUUCAUGCCGAAGAGUUUCCGUGA